UAUUCUUCACUCCGAGCAGGCUUUGCUUGUGGCGAUAAACGUAAAUGUAUUACAGUUUUCUAUUCAACUGACAGGCUUCGUUUUUGCGGGAUGAAAUAUAAACAGAAUCAAAACAAAGCCAAAGAAUUUUACUACUAAAUUGUGACCCAAAAAGUCAAAUAACUUCCUUAAAAAUUUAUAACGCUUAACGCUAAAAUAAUACUUAUAAAAAACAAAUGCUGGCUUGUUUUUCUAGCUAAAGCCAAAUAGAGCUUGGAUAAAUUUUGUAAGCAUGGACUGCUGUUUAUCGGAUCAGGAUAAGGAGGAAAAACGCAUCAGUAGGGAAAUCGAUAAGAAGUUGCGCAAGGAUAAAAAAAAGGCACGCCUAGAGUUUAAAGUAUUGGUCCUGGGCACGGGCGAUUCCGGCAAGUCAACAUUUAUCAAACAGAUGCGCAUUAUCCACGGAAGCGGCUACUCGGUCGAGGACAAGCGUAAGCACAUCAAGCUGGUUUUCCAGAACAUAUUCAUGGCUAUGCAGUCAAUGAUCAUGGCAAUGGACGAGCUUAACAUUCCAUAUGGUCAGGGGAAGCAUAUUGAACUGGCUAACUUGGUAAGAAGUAUAAAUUAUUCGACCGUUACCACGUUAGAGGAUCCCUACUUGAAUGCCAUUAAAACGCUUUGGGAAGAUGCUGGUGUCCAGGCGUGCUACGACCGUCGCAGAGAAUAUCAGCUGAAUGAUUCAGUUGCAUACUUCCUGAGCAACAUAAAACGAAUUGAACAGCCUUAUUACCUGCCGACAGAACAGGAUAUUCUUCGUGUUCGUGUGCCAACAACUAAAGUUGAUGAGUAUCUAUUUAAUUUGGAUGGUUAUGUGAUAAGAAUGGUGGACGUUGCAGGUCAGCGAAACGAAAGAAGAAAAUGGAUUCAUUGUUUUUCGAAUGUGACAUCAAUUAUGUUUUUGGCAGCACUAUCGGAAUUCGACCUAUCAUUGGCUGAAUGUAAACAUGAUAAUCGAAUGGAGGAAUCUGUAGCAUUGUUUCGUACUAUUAUAACGUUCCCAUGGUUCCAAAAUACGUCAAUUAUUCUAUUCCUGAACAAGAUGGAUUUGUUUGAGCUCAAAAUUAUGACAACGCAUUUGGUAGACUAUUUUCCUGAAUAUGAUGGUCCAAGGAAAGAUGCAUUUGCGGCUCAAUGUUUUAUAAAAAAUAUGUUUUUAAAUGUAAAUCCUGAUCGAGAAAAAACCAUUUAUUCGCAUUCUACCGUUGCUACAAAUACGCAAAAUAUUAGGAAUGUGUUUAGAGAUAUCAAAGACACAAUUGUGGACUCUAACCUUAAGGACUAUAAUUUGGUGUGACGUUUACCCUUACAUGUAAUAUUGACGACGAAGGUUUUAUGCGUGUAAACAGAAACUCAACCAAUUCGAUAGACGUAUUAAAGAAAUUAUGUACCCCAACGUUAAUAAACCAUUAUUAUGUAAAUAUAAAUGGGUAAAUAAAAUAUACCUCC